UCGCCCAGUGGCCGCUACCUGGUCUUGCAGCCGACGCCGCCGCACAGCUGUUCCUGCAGCCGUCGUCGCCUCUCCUCGUCCACUCAUCUCCUCUCAUCGUCGUAGUCGGUCGUUCAUUCAGCUUUAUUCUAGAAGUGGCAAGGAGGAAGGCAGACAAGAAAAUGUUCUUCCACAUAGUUUUAGAGCGGAAUAUGCAAUUGCAUCCUCGUUACUUUGGUCGUAACCUUCGUGAUAAUCUUGUUUCCAAGCUUAUGAAAGAUGUGGAAGGAACUUGCAGUGGUCGGCACGGAUUUGUGGUGGCAGUCACCGGCAUUGAAAAUAUUGGGAAAGGGUUAAUUCGUGACGGAACUGGGUUUGUGACAUUUCCUGUAAAGUACCAGUGUGUCGUCUUCAGACCAUUUAAGGGGGAAAUUUUAGAAGCAGUUGUUACUAUGGUGAACAAGAUGGGAUUUUUUGCUGAAGCUGGACCUGUCCAAAUUUUUGUUUCAAACCAUUUGAUUCCGGAUGAUAUGGAGUUCCAAUCAGGAGACAUGCCAAAUUAUACUACUUCGGAUGGAUCAGUUAAGAUUCAGAAAGAUAGUGAAGUCAGACUAAAGAUUAUUGGUACUAGAGUGGAUGCGACUGAAAUUUUCUGCAUUGGUACCAUAAAAGAUGAUUUCCUGGGCGUGAUCAACGAUCCUGCAACAAUCUAGAUGCGCCUGCUCUGCCUUCUGUGGCACUCUUCUAACAUAUAUGAUUUUCAUGCGGUGGAUUGUUACACCUGAAAUCUGAUUUUUGUUGUAUUAUAGAUAUGGAUUUCUAUUUUAGGUAUAGGCUAUUACCAGAUCAACUAUCUUAAGAGCCUAUCUUAUCACUGCUGUAUGCAUUGAGCUUGAUGUUGAUCAAUAUAAGGUUUUGCUUAAGUUGAAAAUGUGAAGUACAUGUGCAAUAUUCUUU